AUGCUUACAGAAGACCACAAACGGCAAAGUGUUAAAGCGGCCAGCGAAUUUCUUCAGGUGUAUGAAAUCGACAGUAAAAAAUUCUUGGACUCUAUUAUCAUUGGGGGCGAGACCUGGCUCUACUUCACGACAACGGAAACGAAACAACAAUCCUAUCAGUGGAAACAUCCAAAGUCGCCAAAGACGCGAAAGUUCAGACAAACACAGCCUGCCGGCAAAGUGGCGAGAACCGCGAGUCGCGGUUUCUCGCGGCAUAACCGGUUACCAAUCGCGUAUAUAAGUCGGCGCGAGAUACCGAACUACCGGAGAGCGUCCGGUACCGUCUUAGCGAGCGCACCGAUCCGAGCGAGCAAACCGACGCCGAACAUAGCUCUCCGACGAUUUUUGGUUGUAACCCUGAUUCCUCCGACAGGGGGUGGACGUACGGAGUGUGUUAUCCGCAGCCUACAGUCCGCCGGUAUCCCCUGUAUCUCCCGGUCCUGUCGUCGUGGCAACGCUACGAAACGGGGACGUCCCGACCGCCAAGAAGACACCCGUGCGUUAUCGGCAGAGUGUCCUUGGGCUCACGGUCUCCUGCCAGGGGAGGACGGCGUGUGGUAUCGGCAGCCGUUCCGACCUAUAACCGGCAACGUGUGGAACUCCGCUCCUACUCUUCCUACCCUACCCAGCGACAGUUGUAUAGCGGAAACCGACCCGGACCUAGCGACUGUGCGAUUCCCGGCGACCGCGGGCUCACCGCGAGCCCACCGGUGUUAUAAUUUGGCGCCCGAACAGGGACUCUCAACCGCGAGAGAGAGCAUAGGACAUACAGUGUAUGUCAUCGGUGGGGUGGGUCUACCGCCGGACGAAGGCAGAGUUAAUUCUGUUUGCAGGAGAGAACCAGCUAGACUCCACAGGCACCCUCGACACUCUACGGGCCAGGAUCGUCCACCAUCUACGGAGUAUGGCGACCAAGCGCGGGGACCCCGAGGAAGCUGGACCGUCCGCCCGGACUGGACCACCAGUAGACUUCGCCUUCUGGGACCUGCUCCGCAAAAGUGGUAUCUUCUUCGAUGGCGGCAAGGGGGCCGAGGACUUCGUCGACCGGCUCGAGCAUCUGCGGGCCACCUUUAGCCUCCAGGAGGACA